AUGGCAGCUGAAAGGAAAUUGGCUGAUUGCAUAAGAAAGCGGAAAGCGCUAUUCGUUGUUCGAGAUUCCGUCGAAAAGUUUGUGACGGAGUUUGAUGAUGAAGCCGAUGUAUUCCAGAUUCCUAUCCGCUUAGAGGCAUUGGAUCGAAGUUAUAGGCAAUUCAUCGAGAUUCAAGAAUCGAUCGAACGAUAUGAUGACGCUGAGACUUUUGAGACGCACCUAAGUGAGCGAGCUGAUUUCGAAACACGUUUUUGUAAGACAAAGGGUUUCUUGCUGAUGAAACGCGGUGAUGAUACACCUCCAGGGAUGAAUAGUACCGUCAUGCAAAAUGUUUCUACAUCAUCGUCAGCGUUCCAUCUUCGAUUACCGAAAAUUGAUUUACCCAAGUUUAACGGAGACUUUUCCCGAUGGUUGUCUUUCCGUGAUACGUACAGUUCCAUGGUGCAUUCGAAUGCAGAUAUACCGACGGUGGCAAAACUUCAGUACCUGUUGCAGUCUUUGGAGGGAGAGGCUCGAAAGCCAUUCGAAUCGGUGGACAUCAGCGCGGACAAUUAUGCUUCAACCUGGGAUGCCCUGCUAAAACGUUAUGACAACAAACGAUACUUGAAACGUCAGCUGUUUCGAGCAAUUUAUGACCUCCCACCGGUCAAGAAGGAAGAUUCUCAGGAGCUGCAUGACUUGGUAGAUGAAUUUCAGAGACACGUGAAGGCGUUAGCGAAGCUUGGAGAACCCAUAUGCCACUGGAAUACCCCGUUAGUGAAUUUACUGUCCUACAAGUUAGACCCUGCUACCCUACGAGCGUGGGAAGAAAUGACGUCGAAAGAUGAAGAUGUUACCUACGAACAGUUAAUUGAUUUCCUGUACCAGCGAGCUAGAAUGUUAAAAUCAUUCGUCACAGAUCUAGAACAAAGAUCAUCCCAUUCCGGCCUUACCAAGGUGGCCGGUUCCUUUCCGAAUCCGAAGAAGCAAUUUAAAUUAGCAAUGAAUGCAACCGCUAAAGUCCCCAAUGCACCCCAGUGUAUCGCGUGUUCAGAGAAACACUUCCUGUUCCAAUGCCAAAUGUUUGCAAAGAUGCCCAUACGCCAACGACGAGAGUUGGUUUCCCAGAAACACCUUUGUUGGAAUUGUUUCCGCUCUGGACACCAAUCUAAGACCUGUACGUCCAAAUUCAAUUGUCGCACCUGCCAUGAAAAGCACCAUUCUCUGCUGCACGAGGUAGCACCCAUGAAGAUCUCUUCAACGCCGGCAAUCUUGCCAAACCAACGAAUCCAAGAACCAAUUUCAUCCGUGUCCAGUGUUAUGAAUUCCGGAUCAGCGAAUCCGAUUCCCCAAGCCAGUUUAUAG